AGUUUUGAAAACGUCUAUUUGUAAGAAAAACAGGCUUACUAUGAAUUCAGUGGUAACAUUAACCAUUAUAAUAUUAUGCUUUAAAAAUUAUAUUCGAUGCAAUGUUGAUGAAAUUGCAGAUUAUGUGACAGCAGAUGUAGAGAUUUUACCACCAUUUGAAACAAUAAUUGUUAGUGACUUAGCUGAUGUUAUAAACGAAUUCAAUGACAACUUGAAAUCUGGAUUCGACUCUAAUGUUUAUAACGAUAGCGAUGAAAAAGAAAGCAUUGACGAGUUAGUUUCGAAUUAUCAAACAUUUUUAGACAAAAAACAUAAGCAUAGAAUGAACAUAAAAGAAACGGCAUCCAAUUUACCUAAAUAUACUAGAACAUUUUCUAAAUAUCAAAGUUCUAAAGAUCUUAAAUUCCCCCGAAAUCUUAACCGUUUCGUAUCCGAUUCAUUCUACCCAUAUAAAAACAAAAUACUUAGAAAAUCUGACAGGCAUCCUAAAAUAACAUCUCUAUUAAAUACUCUUGAUACUUGCAAUUGUGAAGAUAAUGUUUUUCCGUGUAAGUGUAACUCUGAUUUUAAUACAAAUUCAUAUGAGCCAUACUUCAAAGACGAAGCAAAUGAUGACCUAAACAAAGACAACCUAAACAUAAACAUUAAUGUGGAACUUAAAAUGGAUGACUUUAUUGAAACACUAACAAGCAUACUUUCAAAAAUAUUUGUAGGAGAUAAAAGAGAGGAAAGUUUUGGCGCCAAAGAUCAAAAGCACAAUCCAUUUCUAAACUUUUUUUCAAUGCGGUCAUUUAACAAUAACAACAGCCACAUAAUUUUGCCUAACAAAAAGGUUUCAUUCUAUAAAAAGAAGGCCAGACAUUCAAACAAGGUAGGAAGGAGGCAUAAAAACAAAAACCAUUUAUCGAUAAAUAGCCUAGACGACGACGCAUUGUUAAAAACAAAAUUUACAACUGACAAAAACACCACAAGUCCUAGUAUCAAAGACAUAAUAAAUACUGAUAAAAAUUCUACGUUGAAAAAUGUUAAUUCUUCCUUACAUAGUUUUCAAAAGUUAGAAAUCAACAACAUUGUUAACAAGGAACAUAUGACAACAGUAAAUGUUAAUAAAAUUGAAAAUAGCACUGGCUCAACGGGCGAAAAGAUAUUAAAGGCAAGUUACGUCGUAAUAAGGAAUAAUACAGAAGAUUUCCAAAGCCUAGGAAACAGCAUCGAAAAAUUCGAUGGUGCUAAAACUGAGCCAAUAAAAACACGCAACCGAAGGCAAACUAAGCCAGUAAAAUAUGUCCCUGAAGUAAACGAAGAUUACAAAUUAUUGUACUGGCCUCCUUAUAAUUCGAGCAAUGAUUCAAUAACAUCAAUUGGCGUUCUAUCGAUUCAAAAAGAACAGAAGGAACUCAAUGUCACAAAUAAGAAAAUACUUAGUAACGUUUCUGUUGCAAUCGAUAAGGAAAUAUUUAACGAAACAAAUUGGAAAGAUGUAAAUUCUAUCGCACGUCAAUUUGUAUUCUUUGUCGGGAAGCAUUUAAAUGGAAUGCUCACAUUAUGUUCAGAGGACGUAUGUCAUUCUAUAAACUGCGCAAACAAAGUAUGUCUUGAAAGAAUUUGCGAGCCGCAGGAAAGAUUUAAUGCAAAAGGACACUGCACCGCAAAACUUAGUGCAGACACAGUAGCCCCCGUUUCUGUGAUCGAUGUGCCAACAACCAAAGCCUUCAAAUUAAUCGACGAUUUGAAAACCAAAAUGGCGGGAAAACUGUUUGGAAAAGCGACUCUCUGCGAAACUCAGAAAUGCGUCACGUUCGUCGCAACCGACAAAGCAUUUUUGAAAUCAGACUGUACGUCAAAAGAGUUAGCAAAGGGACACAGCAUACAUAAAAUGAUGUAACUCUUACGUAACGAGUUUGUUGAAAUAACAGAACUAGAAAGAUACCGAAAUAUAUUUCAGUCCAUGGCGUUCCGUUGGAAACAAUCCACAAAUUAUUCGUUUCGAUGGCAGCGGCAAUAUAAAGAAGAAAAAUAUUUCGCUAAAGAAUAUAGUCGAAGAGAGAAAGAUGAAUGAAUUUUUCAACAGCACAGAAUACUUACUCGAGGAUACUACAGAAAUCGAAACCACCACAGAACUCGUUACAACUACUCUGUCCAAUGAAGAAAAACUCUUGAAGAAUUUUAUAGAGAAUGCAAGAAGAGGCCUAAAACCGGGCCGAAAGGCGAAAAUACUCACAAACUGUAGGAAAAACAUGAGAUGGUGCAGAUUCCUCUCUUGUCCACAGAUACAAAAAUACUGCACCUUAUGCGAAGUGAAUCUAAAGGAGAAAAAUGCGACUAAGUGCGAAAAUUACUCAACUUCUUUUCUGUUUGGUGUUAA